UGCUUCCAGCUGUAUAGCAGAGGAGAGGGAGGCACUGCGGUGUGGUCAUGUCGACCUGAACGGCAACCUGCACCACAGUGGACCUGUAGCUUCAGACGCGUGGGAGAGAUUUGAGAGACACCAGAGGGCCCUGUCUGCACUCAGAUCAACAGAGACGAGACCUGAACAUAAAGAUACUGAAUCAGAGGGUCAACAUCAUGUCUGCCCAGGAUUGAGAGCUGCUGAGUGUUUGGUUAAGGGGGCUAUGGAGAGUGCCGAGCAUCCAGUGGGGGGCGGCGAUGAAAGCCCCUCUGAAGCUGACUCUCUAUGGGGGACGGACGAGCCACUGAGGGUGGGACCCCGAGGCCAGAUGAGCCCUGACUGCUGCGAGGACAUGGAGGACACAGAAUCUCUGGUGUCUCAUUGUCUCCUCUCCCCCAGCUCAGGAGCAGAGGUGUCCAGCCACAGCCACAGCCCAGCCUGGGCCCUGGCCUUCUAUGGAGGGGACUGUUUUAGUCAGGAUGUGGUGGAAUAUGCUAGGAACUUGGGACAGCAUAGUGAGUCCCCGUGCCUGGAGCUGAAAACACAGGAGCUUCAACAGCAGCUUAUGAUCGAGACGAAGAGUCUGAAAAAGACCAGACAUUUCUACCAAAAGCUGCUCCAUCAAGAGAGAAAAAACAAACGUUCGGAUGCUAGAUUGAUGCUGUCCAAAGUCAAAGUCCAGCUUGAGGAGUUGAGGUCCAAAGUGGAGUUUCUAGACUCUAUAAAGAAAUAUCUGGAGGUUCUGAGUGUGGAUCAAUGGGGUGUGGAUGUGUCCCUCCUUCCCUCCCUGGCAGCCUCUGAUCCAGGGAGCCCUCUGGAUCUCCAGCCCUCAGAGGAGCCUGCCGUGUUGGGAUUGGUCUCUUUGUCUGGGGCAGGGACAGGGAAGAGCAGCCUGCAGGCCGCCACACCCCUGGAUUUCAUGUCCUACCUCUAUGCCAGAAAUGCUCCAUUGGAGGGUUACAUCCAACAGUUCCUGUACACUUACCGCUAUUUCUGUACCCCUCAAGAACUCCUCCGGUUCCUGAUGGGCAAAUUCACCAGUGCAGUAGCAGGAGGUGAUCCAGAUCUGUCAGGGGACAGUGCUAAGGUGUACCACCGGAGUCUGGACGUGCUUCAAACCUGGCUGACUGACUACAUAAUGGUGGACUUCAGCCCCAAGUCCAGCCUGCUGAUGACCCUGGAAAACUUCCUCACCACUGAAGUGUCUCUGUUAGACAGUAGAGGAGAGAGACUUUUGACCUCUCUUCAGAGGUCUCACAGGAAGAGGUGGAGCCAAGGUUGUGGGAGCCCAAUCAGCAUGCAGGAGGAUGAUGAUGAUGCACUGUCUGUCAAUACCUCGUGCAAAAAAUCAGCUAUUGAGUACUCUGGAAGGAAGAGCUUCCAGUGGAGGAUAUCCAGGGUGGUUGAGCCCCAGUCGACCCAGCCUAAAGACAAGGCCUACUCCAUAGCAGCAGCCCUGCCCCGGCCCUACUACACCUCGAUUAUGGAUGACAUCUCCAGUGCCUGCCUUAGAAGCGAGGAGAGACACCCCUUUAGUCAGAGUGAACACAGCGCCCAACACACGGCACAGCAACUCACUCUAAUGCAGCAGGAAAUGUUUCACGGCUGUCACCCAAUUCAUUUCCUCAACUCUAAAUCUCAAGGAGUCAGGGACAAAGCUGUUUGUGUCACCAAACAUGCGUCACACUCUGUUCCUCCAGUAGAGGGCAGCAGUCUAUUUGUUCACGAAGGGACUCCACAGGACACCCACCUCCAACAGCUGCUGAGAUAUGCUGACAGCGUCUCCAAUUGGGUCUCUGCAGAAAUCGUCAUCUGUGAUUCGAUAAAGAUCCAAGCGGCUUUGCUCACCAAGUUUCUCCUAAUUGCCAAACACUGCUAUGAAUCAAGAGACUUUGCCACAGCAAUGCAGGUCCUUGGAGGCCUGGAGAAUGUGAUUGUCAGGCAAUUACCGGCUUGGAAACAUCUGUCUACCAAGGUGUGUGAGGUCCUCGAGGAUCUGCGAGCCGUGCAGGUCUUUCUGAAGAGUGAUAACCUGUGUCUGAUGGGAGGAGAGCAUGUGAGGAGGAGACCCACCCUCCCUGCUGUCCACAUCCUGGCCAUGCACAUCCAGCAGCUGGAGAUAGGAGCCUUCACUCUGACCAGUGGCGCCUACAAGUGGCCAAAACUCAGAACCAUAGCCAAGGUGGUGAGUCAGGUGCAUGCAUUCCAGGAGACGGUGUACUCCUUCACUCCUGACCUGGGGCUGCAGGCCUACAUCAGACUAAGAAUAGCCCACCUCAGUGGCUGUGACAUUCCCCUGCUGGCUGCAGACAACGAGGCCAACUUCCACCACAACCCCACUGACCGACACACCCGCAGGAUCCAGGACACACUGAAGAGGGUGAAGGCCACCUUCCAGUGACCCGCAUCCUUGCUAAUCUAGGAUCAAUUUGGUCUAUUAAGAUAAAAUGAAUAUGAUUAUAUGGACAGAGAGGACCUAUUCCUAGCCCAGGUCAGACAACUACUCAAAAGACUUCGAACCCUCCACACCCCACUGGGUUCCUAUAGUAGCAGGGACUGGGUGGGUGUCUGGGAAAAACUGUUCAUUUUUCUCUGUUUAUUGGUAAUAUUUUUUUUUGUAAGAAUCCAGCUCAACCUCCCACAUUGCACCCCAUAGCCUGAUAACCCACAGCACACAUCCAACUCCUUGAUUAUCUCCAAAGCGGACUCCAAUGUCAAGUGAAACUUUGAAUUGUUUUUUAUUUUAUUUUUUAUAUUGGGAUGAGGAGAGUAGAAAACAGUAUGGCACUUUUAAAAAUCCUUCUGGUGGAGGCAUAUCGAUGCUCGCGUUUCUCUUACACGAAUUUUGAUUGCCCGUCUCCGAGACAACAUAAUGAUGAUAAUGUGCAACAAUGUUUCAUGAUGAGUUGACGUAAUGUCUUUAAAUCACUUUAAUUCACUAAGUGUACUAUGCUAAAUGAGAUAUUUUGAUACAACCACAGAUAGCUAAUGACCAUUUUCAUCCCUCCGGAGCACCAUUUUAAAUACAUUGACAAUGGCUAUUUGACAUGAUAAUUACAGCAUUUCAAGAUACAAGAGAAAUAUCAAAAUCCUGAUGUAUUUUGCUAUUAUGACAAAAUGAUUUCAAAUACCUGAAUAAUUGCUAUAGUUCCACACACUAAGUGUUUUUUUAUUAUUUUUUAAACAAACGUUAAUGUCGCAAUGUAACUACGGUGUAUAUAGGCUACAAAUUGUUGCAUAGUCAGACUUGCAAAGGUGAAAUUAGAUCAUUUUGUAAACAUGUGAUUUGCAAACUAAUUGAAACAACUGCAAUACAUGUUUUAAUAGAUUGAGUUUGCUACACAUUUUGAGAAUGGUAUGCUACCUUCUUAUCCCUGGUUGAUUAAUGCUAAAACAUCAUGAAAUGUUCUGUCUUUCUUUCAGUCCAAAAAAUAUAUAUCAAUAUACAUGCAUGUG